AUGACGGGAGUGUCAUUGGGUCUUAGGACAUCGGCAAGUUUGGGGUCACUGCAGCUACAGGCACAGAGCGAAGGGUUGCAGGCUCAGAAUUUGUACAUUGUUCGUAAAACUUCAAAGAUAUACGGUUCCGGUGCUAGGGCGAAGGAAAGGCUUCUUACUUGUAUUUGCAGGUAUUCAAGUCGAAGGAAAGUUGGAAUGCUGAUUUUGACUGUCUUCACAAUCUUGGCUUUUAUGAUAGGGUGCAUUACAGUCCAUAAAGAGAAUGAUUUGGAAAGCUCUGCAUUGAACUUCGAUUCAAGAUCUUACAACCAGUCUCAUCAUUUACCCUCAUUUUUGCCUAUAAAAGAAGUAUUGCAAUAUGACCGUAACACUAUGGUGAAUAAAGUUGCAGUAUGCCAUGAGAAUACUGGCUUGCAUCCUUCUCUUUCACAUGCUUCUGCUUUGAGUGUCUCUUUUGGUGCUGCUACUUCUUUGAAGAAUCCGUGUAAAGAUUUUGCAUUUCCCCCUCCCCCUCCUGGUGAUAGGAGACGAAUUGGACCGCGCCCAUGUCCAGUAUGUUAUGCUCCUGUGGAACAGGCUAUAGCUUAUAUGCCCAGCUCCCCUUCAGCAUCUCCUGUGCUCCAUCAUUUGAAUUAUUUUUCUGAGGAAAACCCUAUUAAAACUGAACUACGUGGAGGCUCUGAGUUUGGUGGCUAUCCUUCUCUUAAACAGAGGAAUGAUUCUUUUGAUAUAAAAGAGUCAAUGACUGUGCAUUGUGGAUUUGUUAAGGGAUGCAGACCAGGUGAUGGAACUGGAUUUGAUAUUGAUGUGGCCGAUCUCAGGGAGUUGGAGCAAUUCCAUGAAGUCAUUGUUGCCUCCGCCAUAUUUGGAAACUAUGACAUAAUUCAACAGCCAAGGAAUAUUGGUGAAACUGCAAGAGAAAAUGUUCGUUUUUAUAUGUUUGUUGAUGAAGAGACUGAAGCUUUUAUGAAGAACGCUAGUCUCUUGGGAAGUGACAAAAGGGUUGGGAUAUGGCGGAUUAUUGUCGUUCACAACGUGCCUUACACCGACCCAAGAAGAAAUGGAAAGGUGCCAAAGCUCUUACUGCACAGGUUGUUUCCCAACAUCCGAUACUCUAUCUGGAUAGAUGGAAAGCUUCAGCUUGUUGUGGACCCAUACCAGAUUCUUGAGAGAUUUUUGUGGCGCCAAAAUGCCACUUUUGCUAUAUCAAGACACUAUAGACGCUUCGAUGUAUUUGAAGAAGCUGAGGCAAAUAAAGCUGCAGGAAAAUACAGUAAUGGUUCUAUUGAUUACCAGAUCAAAUUUUAUGAAAAAGAGGGUUUAACGCCGUACUCUGCAGCUAAGCUUCCCAUAACUAGUGAUGUUCCCGAAGGAUGUGUUAUAAUACGAGAGCACAUUCCCAUCACCAAUCUUUUCACCUGCCUGUGGUUCAAUGAAGUUGAUCGAUUUACAGCUCGGGAUCAGCUGAGUUUUUCAACUGUGAGGGAUAAAAUAAUGGCUAAAGUUAACUGGAGCACCAGUAUGUUUCUUGACUGUGAAAGACGAAAUUUUGUGAUACAGGCAUAUCACAGAGAUUUGUUGGAGCAAAGGGCUCAUAUGGCUGUUGCAAGAAGUUAUACUCCGCCAGCUCAAGUUCGUGACAGAAAUCUUACUAAGAGACCUCCUGUUCGACGUGGAAAAGGAGAUAGGAGAUCUGGGUCAAGGAGACAUCGUAAAGUCCCCCGAAAUAGGGAAAAUGCUUGA